GACUAUAACAUUGAAUCAAUUACAAAACGCGGUUUUUGAGCCCAUUACAGUUGGAGCUAGAGGGAGAGAAACAGAGGAGGGGACUGCAGGAGAGGGCUGCAGGCCGUGGACACAAUUUUUCCUCCUCAUGUAGGAUUUUCAUUGCGAAUUGACAUUGGAGGAGAAGUUUUCCAGAACUAUGGGGACUUCCCAUUGGGCACUCCUGGCCUUAGGCUGUCUCUUCACAGGGCCGAGCCUAAUCCUCUGCCAGCUUUCAUUACCCUCCAUCCUGCCCAAUGAAAAUGAGAGGGUUGUGCAGCUGAAUUCAUCCUUUUCUCUGAGAUGCUUUGGGGAGAGUGAAGUGAGCUGGCAGUACCCCAUGUCUGAAGAAGAGUACCCCGAUGUGGAAAUCAGAAACGAGGAGAACAACAGUGGCCUUUUUGUGACGGUACUGGAAGUGGUCAGCGCCUCGGCGGCCCACACCGGGCCGUACACUUGCUAUUACAACCACACGCAGGUGGACGAGAACGAGAUCGAGGGCAGACACAUUUACAUCUAUGUGCCAGACCCAGAUGUAGCCUUCGUACCUCUAGGAAUGACAGAUUCCUUGGUCAUCGUGGAGGACGAAGAUUCCGUCAUCAUCCCAUGCCGCACGACUGAUCCUGAGACUCCGGUGACCUUACUCAGCAGUGAGGGGGUAGUGCAUGCCUCCUAUGACAGCAGACAAGGUUUUAAAGGAACCUUCGCUGUCGGGCUCUAUAUCUGUGAGGCCACAGUCAGAGGGAAGAAGUUCCAGACCAUUCCAUUCAAUGUUUAUGCUUACACAGCAACAUCAAAACUUGAUCUGGAAAUGGAAUCUCCUAAGACUGUAUAUAAGGCAGGCGAAUCGAUUGUGGUCACCUGCACCGUCUUUAACAACGAGGUGGUUGACUUUCAGUGGACUUACCCUGGACAAAUGAAAGGCAAAGGCAUCACGAGGCUGGAGGAAACCAAGUUCCCGGCCAUCAAGCUGGUGUACACUCUGAGGGUUCCCGAGGCCACAGUGAAAGACAGUGGAGAUUACGAGUGUGCUGCCCACCAGGCCACCAAGGAGGUCAAAAAGAUGAGGAACGUCACCAUUUCUGUUCACGAGAAAGGAUUUAUUGAAAUCAAACCCAACUUUAACCUGUUGGAAGCUGUCAACCUGCAUGAAGUCAAGCAUUUUGUGGUGGAUGUGCAGGCCUAUCCCCCUCCCAAGAUAACCUGGCUGAAGGACAACCUGACUCUGAUUGAGAAUCUCACGGAGAUCACCACUGACAUAGAAAAGAUUCAGGAAAUAAGUUAUCGAAGCAAAUUAAAGCUGAUCCGAGCAAAGGAAGAAGACAGCGGCCAUUAUACUAUUGUAGUUCAAAAUGAAGAUGAUGUGAAGAGCUAUACUUUUGAACUCUUGACUCAAGUUCCAUCCUCCAUACUGGACUUGGUUGACGAUCACCAUGGCUCUAACGGGGGCCAGACUGUGAGAUGCACAGCCGAAGGGACCCCUCUUCCUGAUAUCGAGUGGAUGGUUUGCAAGGAUAUUAAGAAAUGUAACAAUGAAACUUCAUGGACAGUUUUGGCCAACAACAUUUCAAACAUCAUCACAGAGGUUCACCCCCGAGACAGGAGCACGGUGGAAGGCCAGGUGACGUUCGCCAAAGUGGAGGAGACCAUUGCAGUCCGGUGCCUGGCCAAGAACCCCCUGGGGGUGGAAAGCCGAGAGCUGAAGCUGGUGGCUCCCACUCUGCGCUCUGAGCUCACUGUAGCGGCUGCAGUCCUGGUGCUGUUGGUGAUUGUGAUCAUCUCACUCAUUGUCCUGGUCGUCAUUUGGAAACAGAAACCAAGGUAUGAAAUCCGUUGGAGGGUCAUUGAAUCAAUCAGCCCCGAUGGACAUGAGUACAUUUAUGUGGACCCGAUGCAGCUGCCUUAUGACUCGAGAUGGGAGUUUCCAAGAGAUGGACUCGUGCUUGGUCGGAUCCUGGGGUCUGGUGCAUUUGGGAAAGUGGUUGAAGGAACUGCCUAUGGAUUAAGUCGGUCUCAACCUGUCAUGAAAGUAGCAGUGAAGAUGCUAAAACCCACAGCCAGAUCCAGUGAAAAACAAGCUCUCAUGUCUGAACUGAAGAUUAUGACCCACCUGGGGCCGCAUUUAAACAUCGUGAACUUGCUGGGCGCCUGCACCAAGUCAGGCCCCAUUUACAUCAUCACUGAGUACUGCUUCUAUGGGGAUUUGGUCAACUAUUUACAUAAGAAUAGGGACAGCUUCCUGAACCACCAUCCGGAGAAGCCAAAGAAAGAGCUGGACAUUUUUGGGCUGAACCCGGCUGACGAAAGCACAAGAAGUUACGUUAUCUUAUCUUUUGAAAACAAUGGUGACUAUAUGGACAUGAAGCAAGCUGACACCACACAGUAUGUCCCCAUGCUGGAAAGGAAAGAGGUUUCUAAAUAUUCAGACAUCCAGAGAGCGCUGUAUGAUCGCCCAGCCUCGUAUAAGAAGAAAUCCAUGUUAGACUCAGAAGUCAAAAACCUCCUUUCAGAUGAUAACUCAGAAGGCCUGACUUUGUUGGAUUUGUUGAGCUUUACCUACCAAGUUGCCCGAGGAAUGGAGUUUUUGGCUUCAAAAAAUUGUGUCCACCGGGACCUGGCAGCUCGCAACGUCCUCCUGGCGCAAGGGAAAAUCGUGAAGAUCUGUGACUUUGGUCUGGCCAGAGACAUCAUGCAUGAUUCGAACUACGUGUCCAAAGGCAGUACCUUUCUCCCCGUGAAGUGGAUGGCUCCUGAGAGCAUCUUUGACAACCUCUACACCACGCUGAGUGACGUCUGGUCCUAUGGCAUCCUGCUCUGGGAGAUCUUUUCCCUUGGUGGUACACCCUACCCUGGCAUGAUGGUGGAUUCUACAUUCUACAAUAAGAUCAAGAGUGGAUACCGGAUGGCCAAGCCUGACCAUGCCACCAGUGAAGUGUACGAGAUCAUGGUGAAGUGCUGGAACAGUGAGCCGGAGAAGAGACCCUCCUUUUACCACCUGAGUGAAAUUGUGGAGAAUCUGCUGCCUGGACAAUAUAAAAAGAGUUAUGAAAAGAUCCACCUGGACUUUCUGAAGAGCGACCAUCCCGCUGUGGCGCGCAUGCGCGUGGACUCCGACAACGCCUACAUCGGCGUCACUUACAAAAAUGAGGACGAUAAGCUGAAGGACUGGGAGGGUGGCCUCGACGAGCAGAGGCUGAGUGCAGACAGCGGCUACAUCAUCCCUCUGCCCGACAUCGACCCUGCUCCUGAGGAGGAAGACCUGGGCAAGAGGAACAGACACAGCUCACAGACCUCUGAAGAGAGUGCCAUUGAGACAGGUUCCAGCAGUUCUACCUUCAUCAAGAGAGAGGACGAGACCAUUGAGGACAUCGACAUGAUGGAUGACAUUGGCAUAGACUCCUCGGAUCUGGUGGAGGACAGCUUCCUGUAACUGGCAGAUUCGGGGAGAGGGCAGGACUUCCACUCCUGGACCCACCUUGGAUCCUUUUAAGAAAACCACUUUAUUGCAAUGCAAAGUUUGAGAGGAGGACUUGGAUGGUGUGUAAAGAGAAGUUCCCAGCCAAUGGCCUCUGGGAGCCUUCUAAAGAUGAAUGAUUGGUAUAUUUUGAAAUGAACUUUUUCGGCAUUGCCUCUGGCAAUGUUUCAGUAGCAUCUCAUUGGCGUGUGAAGUUUGGAGGUAGAUAGAUGGACAAGGAAAUCAUGGGCCAUGGAAGAUGGACUUUGUGUUUCAAGGGCAUUGGUGAGAUUCCAACGGACACGACUUUUACUGCAACAAAACUCCAGCAUUGUAAUUAUGUAAAUAACUCUAACCAAGGAUGUGUUUUGAUUUGUAUUAACUUCUCUGGACUUCUGGAGAGACCACUCAGUCCAUCCAUGUACUUCCUGCUUGAAACCUGGUAUCAGCUGCUGUUGAACUUUGUUAUGAAGUACAUGCAAAACCACUUUUGAACCUUAAAAGGUACUGGUACUAUAGCAUUUUGCUCCUUAUUUUUUUUUUUUUUUUAGUGUUGAGGAGAUAAAGGAUAAUUAACCAACUUUGUUUAUUAGAUUUGGGUCAUUUAUAAGCCCAACAACUCAUAUUGUAAUCUACGUUUAUAAUAAUACUACUGUUAUCAGUAAUUCUAAAUGUGUAAUAUGUAACACGUUUUCCCUACAGAAAAAGCACAAUUUAAAAAAAAUCCUUACUAAAUAGGUGACAGGUCUUGAAAGUUUUUGACAUUCUAGCAAAUAACAUGUUUCUCUAUAAAAUAUGGUUAUAGCUUUAGUGGAUGAAAUUUAGUUGAACAUAGAAAACAAAGUAAAAGUAGUGUCUUCCAGAAAGUCAGAGUUUUUAACUGUACUGAGUAGGUUCCCUAAUCCAUUGUACUAAAAACAGUUAACUGCCCUUUAAAGUAAUGAGAUUUGAAAUAAAUAAACAAAACCCCUAGAUCCUAAAGGUCCUCAAUAUUAAGACAGGAGUCUGUGCCUAACACGACUUCUCAUGUUACUGCCCAGUGGAACAGGUAUUUAUCAGCAAAAAGACUGGCUUUGCAGAGGUUUGUUCAUGCCUUGCGUUAACUCUGGUGCAUCUCAACACAUGUAUAUAUUUUUAAUUUUGUGAACCCUGAGAAAUUCAGAAGGGUGCCCUGAACUGGAGCUCCCUUCCUUUGUCUCUUACCCUCAGGAAAAACAGUUUGAAAGUCUGAGACAACAAAGGCAUUGUUCAGUGAAGGUGCUGUGUGCCUUAGCCCGGACCCUUGGUCACCAUAUAUAACUGGCAACCAGAAUGACCAGGUUCUACAUCCCCAUCCCAGAGAUUCUGCAUUCAGAUUUGGGGAACACUGGCACAGAUGACAGGAAGUUGCCAUGGGAAGAAAUAAUUUGAAAUUAGGAACUGGACCAGAGACCAGCCAUGCAAGAAGCCUACUAUUUAGAUCUUUGGCUUUGGGUCAGUGACGUUUAAUGCCAUGUAUCUAGUAAUUGCUACCCUUAAUUUUACUUUCCAAUCCUUGCUGAUACUGAGCAAGCCAAAUCUUGGUUUAGCAGAUCUUCCCCCUGCUUAGGGGGAACUGAGCUCUCUCCCCAGCAACUUCCCCUCAAAAGGCAUGUACGAAAAUGAUGCAGUUCAGUGUACCAAGUCUCUGUAUGAUCAAGUCAAUAUUUUGGUGAAAAAAAAUUUUUUUUUUUUUGAAAAUCUUUUUUUAAGUUUUUACUGAUAUUUCAGGGUUAGAUGGGAAGACAAACUGUCACAUCCAUCCAAACUGUCAAACUGGUCGUGGUGGGUUCAUCGGCAUUCUUAGCGAUACCGCUUAAUUGCUGACACCCUAUGAAUGAAACAUGGGCUGUCCUUACUGCAAUCACUGUGUGCUCCUGGCAGGCGAUGCUUUGGGAGAUGUAGAAGCAAUAACAAGGUACUUGACUACCUACUGGUGUAAUCUCAAUGCAAGCCCCACCUUUUUCAUGGUAAGUGUGAAGACUGAGCCAGAUUGGCCGAUUAAAAAAGAAAACCUGAUGAGGUUCUGUAGAGCCACUUAGACUUGAAAUACAUUUGUGUUUCUAGAAUCACAGCUCAAGCACUCUGCUGAUCACUCCCUUUCCCUCUUCCUCAUGCAGCCUCCUUUUAUUGGUGCUUUGCAUUUUGAUGUCCUUUGAAUACUGCAUGAUAUCAUGGGGCUGGAUGAAAAUUCUCAGACCAGCAGGUUCUAGUCCUAAUGAAUGCUCUCACCUUAGUUUUUAUAUGGCAGCAUUUUUUUUUUUUUUCCUUAAGAAAUGUUUUCAGUGUAUCACAGAUUUGUUUCCUUUUUGGCCUCCUGCAAAGACCCCAGAUGAAAAUUUGUCAAUCCUUCCUGCUUUCUAUUUUUAUGAAGACAAUCAAAGUUGGCCUGAGAAACACAAUUUGUGAUUUUUUUAAAAAAUGAUUGAUGAUGUCCUUAAAAUGUGGUCUGCCAAUCUGUACAAAAUGGUCCUAUUUUUGUGAAGAGGGACGUGAGAUAAAGUGAUGUUAUACAUCAAUAUGUAUAUAUGUAUUUCUAUAUAGACUUGGAGAAUACUGCCAAAACAUUUAUGACAAGCUGUAUCACUGCCUUUGUUUAUAUUUUUUUAACUGUGAUAUUCCCCACAGGCACAUUAACUGUUGCACUUUUGAAUGUCCAAAAUUUAUAUUUUAGAAAUAAUAAAGAGAAAAAUACCUAAACGUUCCCAAAACAGUGGUGUGGUGAAUGUUCAAGAACUAACUCGGUAGGAAGGGUCUACCAAUACAAUUGUAUUACAAAUGCCCCUGUUCAUUGUUUUUGUUUUAAAGCAUGUAAAUGAAGAUCUUUAUAUUUCAAUAAAUGAGAUAUAUAUAAUUUAAA